CAGAAUCUCGACCCAGUAAAUAGCAUCUGCGCAUGGCUCAAUGCUUUCCACGUAUAUACCGAGGACCCCACGCGCGUGGUCGAAGCACAGCACUACUGCUCCCACAUCACCGAAGGUGUAUCCUCCUCCCCUCCCUCCCUAUUAUUCUCGACUGACAGAUCCCGGACGUCCGCCAAUGCGUAAUCUACGACUCCCCCGAAAAAAACGCCCGUCUGAUCGGCAUAGAAUACAUGAUAGCCCCGCGCAUCUACGAGACGCUCCCAACGGAAGAACGCAAGCUCUGGCACUCCCACGUCUUUGAAGUGAAGGGCGGGGUUCUAAUCAUGCCGAGGCCACCGCUCGUUCCAGAGGUGGUCUGGGAGAAGGCUGAGACCGCGGAGAUGGAAGAGUUAGUGAAGCUUUAUGGGAAGACGUACCAUCUUUGGCAGGUGGAUCGCGGGGAUCAGGUGCCGUUGGGGGCGCCCAUGCUUAUGGGCAGCUUUUUGAAGGAGACGAAGGGGGUUGAGAGUGUAGUUGAUAGCAGGAAUCGGAGGUUUGGAAUCGAGGGGGAGAGGAAGGUGGAUAUUAGGAAGCAUAUUAGGGAGCCGGAGAUUCAUCCGGGUAAG